ACCGCAUUGACUGCACCGCACCGCUUGGCAUAGAACAGAGGAGCACAGCAGAACAGAGGAGCAGACCGCCCGCAGCACCGAUCCAUCCAUCGGCAUCACGCACCAACCCCAACGCCUCCCCUUCUCCUCCUCCCUCCCUCCCUCCACUCUCUCUCCCUCUCUCUAUCUCUUCGUACACACGAACGGAACGGUGCUGAUAUCCGCGCCGCCGCGCUUUGCAGACGCAAGAAAAGGAGGCAAGGAAAAGGCGCUUUCCGAGCAGCAAAAAGAUCUGGCCGCUUUACGCUUCUCCUCCCCGGGAUUUUGAUUCCCCCCACGCCAUCAUCCACCAAUCAUCGUCCUUGCCAGGCGGGCGGCGUGCUAGGACCACGAGCAGGCGCGGGCUAAAGGGCGCCGGUCACAGAAGUCAACGCCGGCGGCGGGCCGCGCGCCGGGUGAUUCCGCGCGCAGAUCCGAGCAAGUUUGAACAGCGGCGGUGAUGGGGUCGUUCAAGGGGCACGUGCUGCCGGGGACGCUGUUCCUGGCGGUGGGCGCGUGGCACGUCUGGGCGGCCGUGGCGCGCUUCGCCAUGGACCCGGCCGGGUUCCGCCUCCGCGUCUGGAACCCGGUGGGCGCGGGCGGCGGGGCGCUGCGGCACCUGGAGCUCUACGUCAUCGCCGGGGGCGCCUUCCUGGACAUGUGCGUGGAGGUGCUCUACUCCACCCACCUCCACAUAUUCGCGCCCGGCGGCGGGGUCAACCCGGCGCACCUCAACGACCUCGAGCACGGCGGCAUGCUGCUCAUGUUCUUCCUCGUCGGCGCCCUCGCCCUCCUCUCCGAAAACACCAGGACAGGACAGGACGGACCAGAGGGAGAAGGAUUGGCUACUCUGGUCCAGGCUAGGCCAUGUGGUCACGAGCUAGUGUCCAAGUUGGCUAGCGCAGCUGGCUCACCUGUUCUAGAAAGCAUGACCCCGGUGGAGGAGUCAGCAGAAGCUUACCACGAAUAUUCAAAUGGAGGUUCUUCUUGUGAGCUGUACCUGCCCCUGACGGAGGGUGCGCUGUGCCUGCUGGCGGCGACGGCCUACACGGCAGAGCUGCUGCUCUUCUACUUCCACUCGACCACGCACCAGGGGCUGGAGGGGUACUACCACUACCUCCUGGUGGUGCUCGUCGGGCUCUGCGUCGCCUCCGCCGUCCUCGGCGCGCUCCUCCCGGCGAGCUUCCCCGCCGACCUCGCCAGCGGCCUGCUCAUCACCCUGCAGGGCCUGUGGUUCUACCAGACGGCGUUCACGCUCUACGGGCCGAUGCUCCCCGAGGGGUGCCACCGCGACGCCGGCGGGGACAUCGAUUGCCACGGGCACGCCGCCGGGGAGCGCGCGGAGCAGCUCGCCGACUUCCAGCUCUUCGCCUACGUCUUCCUCGUGUUCGCCUACGCCCUCGGCUGCUACGCCGUCGCCGCCGCCAGGUACGGCCACCCGGACCUGAGGGCCGUCGAGAUGGAGGAGCACCGGGAAAAUGGUGGAUUCGUUGGCAGCUCGGCGCUGGCUAGUGGCAUAUGAUCAUGAUGAUAUGACAUCUGCUCUGUUUUUGCCAUUGUCGUCUUGUUCGAUUUGGUAGAGUACACGCGACAGGCACAUCAUUGAGGGGCGGACCUGAACCUGAGGUCAUUCGGUACAAGAAUAGAGAGGGGCUGUACAUUGUGGUUAGUUAAUUACACAGCAAAAUCACGGAUCAACGUUCCUUUAGUUUUACUGUGAACAUUUUUACAUGAGAGGAUUAGCAUAAGACUGUAAGAGAGUCCAUCACAGAGGGUUUUUUACAAGCAGAAAUUUGGUUUUGUA